ACUGCUGCUGACUGUAGUUUUGUACACAUGAUGGGUACAUGGACAUGAUAGUAUGACUCAAGUAUGAGUGUUAGUAUUAUUAACAGUAACAGUUUGUGUAUUUUUUUUUUACUCUUGAUGCUUUUAUUUUUUGGUAAAUGUGAAGUGAUAGUACAGCGGUCGCCGCGAACUUAUGUCCUAAAUCUAUCCCUAAACCUAACGUGAACCCUAAAUAUAUCCCUGCCUAGACGUAAACAUAAAAGUAAAAGUAAACCCUAAGCCUAAACUAAACUUAAACUACACUUAUUGAAUUGUCACUUAUCCAUUACUGACCUUACAUAACCAGGGACAAAACACGCAAAUGACGUCAGGGUGCUAUCUCUUCACAUUAGUAUUAGCCGUUUUAUUAUAUUGUAUGGACAUGUUGGUAGGGUUUCAGUUUUUAUAUUUAAAUUGUAACUUGUAAGCCUAGUAGGCCCUACUUGUCUGUAGACAUGGUGGUAAUCUACAUACCAUGGGCCAUAUAAUAAUAGUCAUACUACUCAUACCCCAACUAUAAACUAUAAAAUAAUAGAGGCAUUUUUUUUGGCAUAGGCCAAAAGUUUUCUUUCAACUAAUCAUCUAGCCUCAUCUAACUAAUGUUAGGCAUACAUGUUCUCACAUAUACACUUAGACUUAAAAGUAGACUAUCAUUAUUAAUUAAUACUAUUAAUUAAAAAUCAGUUCAUAGUUAUAGUUCAGAAAUUAAAUAAGAAAGCCUAGUAAAUUAGUCUGCCUAUGACACAUGUGUUCUAUAACUUUAUAAUUACAAACAUAAUUUUUUUAAAUUUAUUGUUCACAGAGAUAGUCUUUAAGAUGACAAUAUGAGCAUCAAUAGUGCAAGCAAAUUUUCCACACCAGUUAUUGGUAACAGAAAUUCAGAGGAUUUUGACCAUGUCUAUGAGCCAGCAGAAGAUUCCUUUCUAUUGCUGGAUGCUCUUGAGAAUGAACAUUUUUAUUUGCAAGAGCUUAUGUAAGGUCGCAUUUAAAAGAAAAAAUCUACUCAUUUUCUUUUUGUUUAUAAACCACCUUUAUUUUUAAAUCAACAGGCAAUGAAUUUCGUGGAUUAAAAGAAAUGACACAAAGUUACUUUUAUUAUGAAAAUUAAAUUCCCAUUUUCUUUAAUUCAGAAGAGACUUUCAUUAUCUUAGAGUCCAAGGUACACUCAUAUACACUCAUGUGUGUUCCCCCUCUCUUUAGGCAAGAAGUCCCCAACUUGCUGCUUAGUUCUGGGUCUCUUUAAGUAUUGUGGUAACUCUAUUAUCCAGACUAUUUAAACCAGUCAAGUCCACAUAAUAAAAAAAUAUAUAAUCAAGGAAAUACCAUAUUAUAAAUAAUAACUGUAGUUGUUUUUAAAUGCUUUGAGUCUUAAUAUCAAGCAGUCAGAGCAAUCCUGUGGGCCGUGCAGCUCUAGACGACCUCUGAUAUUUAAAGCGGCCCAAAGAUAUAAUUUGGAAAAAAAUGUAACCAUUAACUUUGAAUGCAGGGGGCACAAACUAAAAAAAUGGCAGGGGGCCUCCAAAAUUUAUGUGACAGCUCUGAGUGUUGUGACAUGUUUAUUUUAAUGUCUGCCUUUGACCUGGAAAAAAUGUACAUUCUACAAAUUCCAAUAGCAAAAUCUCUAGAUAAGUAAUGUUUAGAUAAUCAGUUUCUACUGUAGUUGAAUAGCGCUUGUCACUUAAUGGCGGAAAUGUAUUAAUAUAACUGCUGUAAUCAUCCGGGUACUCAGGUCGGACAUAAUGUCAACACUGUUCAUUACUGGUAUGUUAGCGAAGUGGCCCUUAAAGUAAAUGAAAAUUUUGUUUACAAAUAUAUUUUAUUAAAUAUUUUACACAUUUUUUUUACUGCUUUUGCUAUAUUCAAGGAUAUACAUUUUGUGAAAUGGGACUUCAUUGCACGUAUGGCACAUGUAACAGUGACUCUAGAUCAGCGGUUCUCAACCUGUGGGUCGCUACCCUGUUGGGUGUCCAACAACCCUUUCAGGGAGGUCGCCUAAGACCAUCGGAAAACAUAUCUACUCUACAGUUAUGAAGCAGCAACAAAAAUAAUUUUGUGGUUAGGGGUCGCCACAACAAGAGGAAAUGUAUUAAUGGGUCACAUCAUUAAGAAGGUUGAGAACCACUGCUCUAGAUACAAGGAUUGUCGGCACAUGCAGGGUGCUGGGUUUUAUUCAUUUCCUAAAACACACAAAGAUUUAGAAAAAUGUUAAAUUGAAAUAUGGGUUCACGCCUGUAGCAGAGUAGUUUUUUUCGUCCACAGUCUAUCUAAACACAUUUAUGUAUGCAGUAAACAUUUUGUUGGUGGACAAGGUCCCACAGAAAAGUUUCUAGAUCCAAUACUAUACCUCAGCUUUAGACGAGUUUAUUUCAAUUUUCAAUUUCUUAACAUUAACAAUUUGAAAAAUUAUUAAAUUUUUAAUUUAAUUAGGGAUGAUAUAGUCUCAGAGAUUAUUUACUAUUCCAGUGACAUCUGCUUAAACUUAAUAGAUAGUAGGCUAUCCCUACCCCAUUCAUAUUAUAAUUUAUACAGUAAUAAUGUGGUGAUCUGGUGUAAGUCUGACUACAAACUGACAGUAAUUUUAAUACUUUCAUGUAGAUAAAUCUUCAGGUUUUAUAAGUAUAAGUCAUUUUAUUUUAUCUGCAGGUGAAAUGUUUUUCAAAAAAAACAGAAAGAAUCACCCUGAUGAGACUAACAAAGAUGUUUUAAGAUUUGUUUGGCCGGCGUUCUAUAAAUAGUAACAUUGCGUAGUGCGCUAUGAUGUUUUCCGGUCUGAGAAAUGACAAACCCUAUGGCAUCCUUACAGACAAUUAGAAAUUAGCAUAUGCUGUUAUAGGGAAUAUCCUCAUAAUAAUAAUUAUCAUAAUAUUGAGAUUUUCAAUUUUUGUUUUUAAAUCUGACACUGCAAGAAAAGUUUGAAGACCUGAGUUAAAAUCCAAGAUUUAUACAAUGUCCCUAGAAAAUAUAGAGAUUGAAAACGAUUGAUACAACAUCCAGAAUGGAUAGACAGAGGAUUUCUUUCAUUACUAUGAUGAUUAAUACUUGAAUACAAACCACUGUUUAGAAGUGCUAUUUAACUUUUAAUACUCUGUUUUAAAUAUGUGUCAACCUAUGAUUUUACUCUUACUAUUUCGCAAUAAAGUCUCUCCAAGAAUAAUAAGAUAGAUCAACAAGUCAACUAACAAAUCAACUAAAUAAAACCAUGACAUUGCAUACAAUACAACACUUAAAUUAAUCAUUAAAAUAACAUUGAUUAUAUAGCCUAGUUAGAAAUACUUUCAAAAAGUAGUUUUACAAUGAAAUAAGAGUAUAAUUAGAGUUUGAGCUAUUCUUAAUUUCCUUUUCAUACUAAAACUGACCAUAGCCAUAGUGUCCAUAGAAUCACCAAGCCAUCCAAUGCCCAUAGGCAUUUUUUUUUUGGCAUAGGCAAAAAUAUUUCUUUUAACUGAUCAUCCAGCCUAGGGGUCUCCAAACUACGGCCUGCGGGCCGGAUCUGGCCCAACAGGCCAUUUCAUCCGGCCCGCCGACGGUACUUGAAUUUGCUUGAUAAAACGUAUGUUUACCCACAGAAAAGGAACAUUUGUUGGAUUUCACCGCUGCUAACCUGAUGUUGAGUUUCUGAAACUGAAGAACUGGCAUCAGUGUUUGGAACAACUUAUGUCUUAGCAAACAUUUUCAAAAAUGAAGUAUGUGAAGUCAACACAUCGAACCAGAGUGACUGAUAAGCAUUUGAAAACAAUUCUCUUGAUUGGAUGCAGCAAUUCGAAACUAAAUAUUGAAGAAAUCUUGAAGGCCAAACGUGAUUUUCAUUAAUCUCGCUAACCUUUUUUGCUGCUUAGUUUGUGAUAUUCGAAUAUGUGCGCACUACGUCUGAUGUAACUAUCUUUUUCUGUCGUCUUAUUUGAUAACUUUUUUAGAAAAUAAAUAUGUUAGUUGUCUUUGUUUUUUUGUGCAUUGCGUGCCACUCACCCAUGAUUAACAUGGAACACUAAACUUAGUUUUUCACUUUUUUUUUCCAGAGCUUUUGUUCUGGCUUGCAAGUAUUGUACAGAAUGAUUAUCCUGCCAGCGCUCGUCAUUUUUUUCCUUUAUCCGGCCCGCCGUGAAAAAAAUUUGGAGACCCCCUGAUUCAGCCUAAUGUAAUGUUAGGCUUACAUAAUGUCACACACACUUAUUCUAUUAAAAAUCAGUAUAAAGUUCAGUAAUUAGAAAGCCAUUCAAGUUCAAGGUGAAACUAUAUUUGAGUCUGUUUGGGUUUUAUUUCAGUUAGCCUUUUAAGAGGUCAGUUGUGUGCCCUGAGUUUAACUAAUUUUUUCAGUUAAUUUUCAAAAUUGUAUGUUCUAUUAUUUCUAUUUUAAGGCCCAGUAUUUGCCUAGAAGUUGGUUGUGGCUCAGGAAUCUGCAUCACGUUCUUGUCCCAGAUUUUGGAAAAGUCUGCAUUAUUUUUGUAAGGAACUAACUAAUUUUUUGCUAUGCAUUGUGGUAUAGAAGGUAACAACAAAUUAUCUUCAGCAUUAACUUAACCGUCUAUCAAGUAGCACACUUUGAAACAUUCAAAUUAAGCUAUUUAAAAAGACACCCUCCAAAAUUAGACAAGUGAAUCUUAUCUAUAUAUAUUUAAUGUCUGUCUGCACCAGGGAGCUAAGUGACCUUUAAAAAAAAUCACUUUAAAAAAAAUAAUUUUUUUGCAAAAAGUUUAUUGCAUUCAUUUCUCCUACUAUACAGUGGAAAUGACUUCAAUUAAUUGUCAGUAUUAUUAAGUGAAGAUAAGAGUACUCAUAAUACAGUGGUGCUCAGAUUAUGAUUAUAGAGUUUUUUGUGGGGUUUUUUGGGAGAAAACAUGCUUUUUCUUAAAAUAGUUUAUAGAAUAAAGGAACUUUGAAUUAAUCUUAAAAUAUUCAAAACUUUUUGAGUCAUGCUAAGUCGGACUGAUCUUGCCAUACAAUACUGAUUGACUGUUACUGUUAAGUAAUAGACAAACGGAAUAUAAGUUUGGAUUCUCAACCUUGAAACUCCUUCGAUGAUAACAUCAUUAGAAAUCAGAUUGUGAAUUUUAGAAGAGUGCGGUUUCUUUUACUAUUGGUGCUGAGAGAAAUUUAUAAAGUCCUUUUUAAAUCUGUUAUUGCCAUUAGCUGCACCGAUGUUAACCCCCUGGCUGCAGAGAUGGCAUUCCAUACAGGAUGCAAGAAUGGUCAGAAUAUUCACCCCAUUGUUUGUGAUUUGGUGAGUUGUAAAAUUUUGCUUGGACUUACCAGUAGUUUUGAUUGUUAAGAUUAAUAUUGGUGCAUUAGGGUAUCAUUGUAAUUUUAAUUUUUUUAAAAUAAUUAGCGUACAUUUAUUCUCUUUGCUUUUUAGAGAGAAAUAACUUUUCCCACCUAGUUCCUUCAUGCUAUUUUGUAUCUCUGACUCUGAAGUUAAUGCUUUGGUUUAACACAAAAACAUGAGUAAUUUACAUGAUUUUGUUUCGUUAAAUGAAACAAUACCAAGUUCAUUGAUGCUUCAGUUUUAGGUAUUGCUUAAAAAUUAAAAGAAUGUUUUACUUUUGUUGGCUUGCAGGCAAAUGGAGUUGAAAGCAGACUUGAAGGAAAUGUUGAUGUAUUGAUCUUUAACCCUCCUUAUGUUGUUACUCCUUCAGAAGAGGUAAUUUUUAAAACAUUCAAUAACAAACUCUUUCUUUGGUGUGAGAAUAUUUAAGUGUGCCUUAUAUCAGUUUUUUGGUAAACCGUUCAGUGGGAAAGACAAGGUGGAAUAGAUCUACACCCCCAUUCCUCUCUGGUUCUCAAUACCAAUAUUGAUCUUUUUUUUUUUAGUUUUCUCCGUUUAGUCGACCAGAGACAGAGGAAUUGUUUAUUAAUUGCUGGUCUGCCGAUCUUAUCCAAAUUGUGUUUUGAAAUUCACAAUUUUGUAUUACUCUUAGUAGGAUGUCUGACAGAAUUAUGUUAACAUUUCCAAGGUAGCCACCAAGGGUAUCUCUGCAUCAUGGGCUGGUGGCAUCAGAGGAAGAGAAGUUGUUGACAGAUUUUUACCUAAAAUAAACAAACUUCUAUCACCCAAGGGAGUAUUUUACUUAGUAGGUAUUGAGGAAAAUGAUCCAGGUAUUAGCAUCAAGCUUUUAUUGAUGAAUCAAUUUGUAAUUGUAUGUUUUUUAGCGAUUAAAUGUUUCUGUUUGUGGUCUGGUAGUGUAGUGUACACUCAUGUCUUUAUUUAUUAAUUUUAAACAUCUUAUAUUUUAAAAUAAGUUAAUUAUAAUUAUCAAAGUGAUUCAUUUCCAAUGGGGUUAUUGACUUUAUUUUGUUAUUUAAUUAUUUAUAUAAUUCUUUUUCUUCUUAUAUUUCUACAAAAAAAAUUAUGUUUUUAUUUUUUUUAGCUGACAUUGAGAAAUACAUGUCAAGGCAAGGCUUUCAAAUGACAAUGGUUGGGAAACGAAGAGCUGGUCGUGAACAUUUAUUUGUUUUAAAGUUUACAAGGAUAAAAAAAUCAGGUAGAUGCCAGUAA